AAAGCAAAACCACCCGCUCGUCCCCCGCCUCCUCCGCCUAGACCAGUGGAGAAAACGGUUAGUUACAAGACGGUCAUAGACCGGCUGAACAAUUGAACAAUAUUGUUCGGUUUCAGUUUCAGUUUCAGUUUCUUGAAGAAGUCCAAUACAUCGACAUAUUUUUAUUCAAUGGAAUCGUUGUCCCAAAAAAGUGUCGCAGGUUUAAAUUAUUAUUUGUUUAGUACCAGAAUUUGUGCAGACUUUUGAUUUGUGUAGAUUUUGAUUGGAAAUAUGGCUAUGGUUAUUACUAGCAUGUUGGGAAGAACAACAACAACAACAACAACAACAACUAACACUUUUGUGUGACGUUGCAUAUUUCAUAUAUGCUAUGUGCUAAUCAUCAGCCAAAAUUUUUUGACAGUUUAUCAAUUUAUCAAUAUUUAUUAUUUUGAACUUGAAAAUGGCGCCAAGUUGACACUGAACGAAACGUCGUUCGUUCUUAUCCGCGUUAUUUUUUACUUGUUUCUGAACAAAAAAACAUUUAAGCGGAAGGUUGUUAAAAUCUCCUCGUGGUGUGUCGUUUUGUUGUUUGUCAUUUGCGUAUUUCUUUUAUUCUUCUACAGGCGUCUGGUAGAGUAAAAUGGCCGACUGUUGACGCCUCCUACUAUGGGGGUGGAGGAGUUGGUGGAAUUGUUCCAGUCAGAGUAAGUAUUAGAGUGUGUAGGGUGUUUAUCAGUAUGUCUUUGGCGCGGGUAGCGUUUUUCCCCUGGGCAUGAGGAAGAGGCCUUGAUGUCGUGCUUAAUGGGCAGUCAUCUUUGUUUCAGAUGUACCGAGGGAGGGAAGGGAGGGGGGGGGGGAGGCGGUGCGGGGGGGGGGGGGGGGUGGUUGGGGUUUUUUUUCGUAGGGAGUGGGGUGUGGGGUGGGUGGGGUUUGUUUUUUUGUUUGGGGGGGGGGGGGGGUGUUUUUCCCGGGGGGGGGGGGGGGGGGGGUUUUUGGGGUUUUGGGGGGGCGUUUUUUUUUGUGUGGGGGGGGGGGGGGGGGGGGGGGGGGGGGGGGGGGGGGGUCGUUGGGGUGUACAUUUGAAACAAAAACUGCCGCCGAUUAUAGUAACUGCUGGAUCACGACGAGCCUACAGGAAGUAGGAGACAGUCUAGUAAUACUUAAACAAAGUUUUAUAAACCAAGCAGUUUCCGUUCAAAAUUGUAGGUAGAUUGGGGAGACAAAGGUUCAACUGAGGCAGGAGCGAGACUGGCAAAGGCUAAGGUAAACUAUUCUUUUUGAAUUGUACAUGAUAAGUAACCGCUAUGUACUAGAAUUUUCCUCGACUUGCCGUACUGAUAUCUUACAGCCUCCAAUGGCAGAUAGGAAUUUGCUCCUGGUGAAAGAUGAACUAUGUCCAACCGCAUCAUUUCUAAACUGGGUCCGACUAAGGUGUCAGCUUGCCCUUAUUUUUAAAUAUAAAAAGGAUGUAUGCACAUUUCCUCAACGAGAUUCAACCUACUGGAACCUCUGUAACAAAAUGGGCUCAUCUGAUAGUGGCAAUAUGGCACGUUUUUGCGAAGACAAAAUCGUGUUAUCAAGGAAUUUAUACACUAAGGUUAAUGGUUUCCCGCCUUUUCCCCACGUUCACGGCGUCUUUUGCGCGGGAAAAAAAUAAUAGCUACAUCAGCAAUUGACUAUUUUAUUGUGGGUCCCCAAAACACGGAGUAGGAGAUAAACAUCUCGAUUGCUACUAUGGUCGCUUUAUCUAGUUUCAUACUUAUGAAUCUCCCACGGGUAGUUUAUCGCGGUUAGAAGCAAUGACAGCAGUUUUAUGUUACCCGAGGUGAGUGCUUUAUUCGGGGGACUUACAUGUAGAUGCGUACUUAAUAUCACCAAAACUGUUGUUUUUAUACACCUAAUUCAAGAAAGGUUGCUUUGGUAAUUUGUCAUUUGGGCAUACGGAACUCACUUCAAUGAUUUGCUUGGGUGUCCUCCAAACAAUAACUUUCCAUGGCCCAAUUCGCCAAUGCCUGAAGCAACCUUUAUUGAAUCAGGUAAAUAUAACUCUUAUUUUGCUUGUAUUUGUAGCCAACAUUGAUAAACGAUACUGACGAUAAUGAAGGCUUAGUAAGUUCACCUUCCAAGAGAUCUAGAUCACCGACACCAGGAUGUUGGACGGCCGCUAAGGUAAAAGGCCUAAGUCUGUUCACUCCAUAUUUCCUCUAACGUCUUGACUGAGAAUUAUAUUGACAUGCUGAAGCAUUGCCAGCUGAUUGCUCCCUUAACAAGGGGAAGGAUGGGGGAGGGGGUAGUGGGGAGCAACGGUGGCGCAGAGGUGAGAGCACUCGUCUGCCAUAUGUGGCCAGGGCUCGAAAAGUCCCGUCCCGUCUUGUGGGGUUAAGUGACCUUUAAAGCUCCUUGCCCAUGGGCAAUUGUCCAAACCAGUCAUCUUCUAACGAAAUCAUUAUCCAAGAGGAGCAAAAAGUGGCCUUGGACAAGGAAAAUGUGAGAGCUACUUGCCCAAAGAACAAGCCGGAGUUCUAGGUUUUUUGUCGAACCCUGUGUGGUUUGAGCUUGUUGUUGUUUCUCUCUUCUACCUCAAGAGAUUUUUGUCGGGUAGUCUUCUUUUCGUAGCUCCCAAAAAAGGGCGGACCUGCACCUAUUCCAAACAAGGCUUGUAAUUGGCUGGGAAAACGAUAGGGAUGGUGACGUAACAAUGCCCAAUCCCUGAAACGAUAGGUAGUGCAGGUUAUAGGGAAUAAUUAAAUAAGAGGUUUGGAAGGGUGCUGGUCAAUCGAAAGAAAAAAAACAGUACCUCUAAAUUCCAAUUCGAUCUGGAACGCACGUGUACUAUCAAGCGAGUUCUUGCGAACUAAGUGUUUCUUGGAUAGAAAGAAAUUUACAAUUUACAAUCUUUUGCUUUACAAUUUCCUUUUUCUUAGGUAUAUAACUUUAUGUUGCACCGAUUGUUGAUUACAUGAUAUAUAAGCAAGCAAACAUUUCCUUGAGAUUUUUUCUUUUCUUUUUGGUUUCCGAGAUCCAGGAAGAAUAAAUACGUGCAAUCUUGCGGCAGAAACGAGCCUCUAAAGCCAGUUUCACGUCCUGGCCUCACAACAGGGGAAAAAGGAGGCUUUCGUUUUGUUUUAAAUGUGAUUGAUCGAAGUUUCGUCCGCCUCAUUUUCCCUUUCUUGCGUUCAUGAUAAAGACACGAUGCGCAUAGCGGAAAAUUCCAAAAAUGAAAUGACAUUUCGUGGCGCGAAUAAUCAUUAACUUGGAUGAAUGCAUUUGUUUCUAGAUCAAAGUUCUUGCCGGAGUGGAUGCUAUGUCAGAAGGUUAUAGGAAAGUGGCUUCACACCGGCCUCGUCCAGGAGGAAACGUACGUUUUUCUUUCUUUUCUUUCUUUGAUUAA